AUGACCGAUUAUAAAGACAAUAAUUUAACAUAUGUCGAAGAAGAUGAUAAAAAGUAUGAUUGUAGUUUAGCACAAGCAUUUGACCAAUACAUCCUUUGUUACACUAUUGGAGGUCAAGCGACAAAUUAUUAUAGAUACGGAGAACGUAAAAAUUGCAAAACAAGCUGGGAAAAUUUAAAAUUUUGUUUACAACUUAAAUCCAAACCUAUUGAAAUUCGUAAAAAAAUUAUAUUGGAAAGAGAAGCUCUUAAGGCAGAACAAAAAAGUAAAGAAAAGAAUUCUUUAGAUGUUUGGGAAAUUAGAGAGUAA